AUGAAUACAAACGACGUAAACAGCUUCGACGCCGGUCGAAGACCACGGCCCAAAUCUUCCAUCCUCGAGGGCUUCAUGCAUCGUCGUCAGGCUUCCACUGAUACCCAUUCAUUCCAAGCCCCGUUUGAUGGCCCUGUCUCUCCUAUACAGCCCAAGAUCAUGGCUUUUGAGAAUUACUCCAAUCCGGGGGCACUGGCAGAGCUACAAUACAACCAGCAAGAGUCCUCCGGACGCUUCUCAAGGCGACAAGACCGAGGCCGAUCACAGUCCCCGACCAAGAGCAGCUUUGGCAACUUCACCAUCAUAACAGCACCCGGCAAAGAAGCCAAAAGCUCGAAAUCUCGCGAUCCCUCGCCCACCAAGCCGAAGCGACCAAAGUCAACAACUAACCUGGCUGGUCUGCUCAAGCCCAAGACGCUGCGAAACUUGGGCAGGUUCGGAUCCGACGACAAUGUCAAUUCAUCCAAGGACAAGGAAAACAGAACUCCCGAAGAACCUGCAGCGGACCCUGCACCGACACCCAUUUAUUCUCAGUUUGCCUCUCGACCGAACAUCGAACCAGCCCAAAGCACACGCCGUAGUAUGGACGAAGCACGGGCACCAAGUGCUCAGGAUCUUUAUAAUGGCAGUCGAGUCGCCGUCAAGGAGCGACCAAAAUCGUACCAUCCCAUGCUGGGAAGAAUGGAACCACCCCCCUCACCAACCAAGGCACGCCCUUCAAAUGAUUCCCGAAAGGGAUCAAAAGACUCAACUGAGGCCAAGAGUAAGAGCGGUCGAGGUAAGGUCUUGAGCGUCUUCACUACAUUCAACCAUAGCCGAUCCAAAUCGACAUCAGUUGUCCCUGAACCGACCGAGGCAGUACUUGACCCUAAGGAUAUUGACAAGCAUCUUGAAGCCAUGUUAGACCGACGAAACAUUCCAGAGAAUCAGAGGUACAAGAUGAGGAACCUGAGCGACACCAUCAAGAUGGAGUUUAUCCGCCAGGACUGGGCCGAAUCACAAGCUUCUCGUACAGAGAGAUCAUGCUCAACAGACAGCGCCAACAGCGGCUUGGUCAUGGAAGCCGGCGCGCAAAAUGAGGAGAAACAGAAGCGAUCACGAGGCAAGAGUUUUACCCUCUCACGAGGAAGAAAGGAAUCAAAGGAGCCAAGCUCUCCCAUCAAAAAGUCAAAGGGCGAAGGGACACUAGGUCGUCAUUUCAGAAGCAAGUCCACCGACAGCGUAGUCAGCGAAGGGCCUCCUGGAUCCAGCGGCUCCGUAUCCAACUCUGGAAUCCUCUCCAAGAUUAAGCUCAACCAAGGCCCAGGCGAUUAUGUGGCCUAUCUCAGAAAGGUUCAAAAACCAGAACUUGUCGAGGUCGGCAAAGUUCACAAGCUACGACUGCUUCUCAGGAACGAGACAGUGGCAUGGAUCGAGGACUUUAUUCAGCAAGGCGGCAUGAAGGAAAUUGUAGGUCUGCUCAACCGCAUCAUGGAGGUUGAAUGGAGGGAGGAGCAUGAAGAUGCACUGCUCCACGAGAAUCUUCUCUGCCUAAAGGCGUUGUCGACGACAGCUCGGGCCAUGCAAUACCUUCACACGAUCCAGAGCGAUCUAUUUCCCAAGCUCCUACAUAUGCUCUUCGACCCAGAGAAGAAGGGUCCCAGCGAGUUACCACUCGUAACAUCAUAA